AGCCACCAUGUGGGAAAGGGAAUGGCGUCAGUAGCUGUGCUGAAGGAGUGGGGGAUGGGAAGGACCCGUGCAGCAAGCAAGCAGGAGGAGAUGCACAGCCCGCUGUAAGCAUCGUUGUGUUGUGUUGUGUUGAUCGCCUGUGUCUCUGUGCUGCUGGCUGGUUGGCUGAUUGCAGGGCUGGUGCGUCUGUGCUGCGUGUACUGCACUGGUUGGUUGUCUUGUGUUCAUCCCCUCACACUGACUUCUCCAUUUCCCUCUCCCUCGUAAUCCUGUUCCCCCCACUCAUCUCUCACUCUACUCUGUCCAUGUCCUCCCCUUUCUCCUCCCCUCCUCCCCUCCCUUUGUCUCCUUCCUUCCACUCCCCUCCUCCCCUCCUCCCCUCCCUGUGUCUCCUCCUCCCCGUCUCCCUCCCCUUUGUCUCCCUUACUCGUUUCUCCUUUGCAGCCUGA